ACCCGCUUUGAUCCCAUUUUAAUUAAAUCUUUAUCUCUGGGUCGAAAAACUCAGUUUUUUGUGAGUUAUGUGCUCGAUAUUCAAUGUUAAAGUUUACUUUUACUUCUUUUUAAAUAAAACUCGCGUUUGCCAUGUCCAAAUUGUUUGUGGUAGCCCUGACCAUGUUCAGCGGCCGGCCACUGUCCCAAUUUCGCGGCCUUAAGUAUUCUCUGGGUGUACUACAUAUGCCACGUACAAAUUUCUCAGCGGAGCUGCAGCAUACGCUCCAGUCGGAGCAUAGCUUUGUGAGCAUCAUCAAAACACACUCGAGCCUAGUCCGCAGGCAUAGGAGGUGGCACUGCCGGCACGAUUCGAGCAAGCGGCAUUUCUUUAACUACUUGCUGUUGGAUCCGCGCAUAACCAAUGGACUGAAGAGACGGGCAAGUGGCAUGCACCAGCUCGAUGUGUGGCUGACCUUUCUACGCUCCAUUUUCUAUGUGGGCAAGGGGAAGUCCUCGCGUCCCUAUGUCCAUUUGCGGCAGGCGCAUAAAGUGAUGCAAUCAGUUGAUCGUCAUGUGCUGGCAAAAGAUCCAAAGAUCGCCCUCAUUGUGCAUCUGUGGCAGCAGAAGCGUGGCGUUCAAUUGCUGCGUUGUUUUCACGGCAUCUCCUCGCAUGAUGCACACACCCGCGAGGCCGCAAUGAUCGAUGCCCUGGGCAUGAAUCAUUUGACCAACAGGCGAGUGGGUAUCUACUUUGGUGUGGCGCACAAAAAAUUCACAAUGCAGCAGCGCAGGCUGCUCGGAGUCGUGUUGCUCUACAGGCUGCUUUCGCUCUACCUGAGGCAUGAGGAGCGUGAACUACAGCCCGAGAGUGUUGUCCAAAUCCAUUAGAAGUGUAUGAAUAAUUGGACUCUUUUUAAUUUUAAUAAUAUCGGUGUAGCUUUAAACUA